GAAAACAAAAGUAGAAUUUGGUAACACACGAUUGCAUUUCAACAAGUUUGAAGAUAUUUCAAGGUCAGUCGAAAAGAGUAAUCAGGUGUUAUCCAUUCAUGUAUGCGUUUGUUUUGUCCGCUUUGUUGAAAAGCACCACGAAGCACUGUAAAACUUGUUAUUGUCAAAGUGAGGUGCUUUUUUCAAAAGCCUUUUUCGGGCAGAAACGAAGGCAAGGUUUCCCCAGCAGUGUUAUUGUGAGGUCUUCGAGGGCAAACUCUCAGUUCACCACUCUUGAACAGAGGCCCUUGCCUAUUAUUGUGAACGUGAAGAAUCCAUCUGAGCUUACUCAAGUUACGGAAGAAGUGGAACCUCCAGUUGUGACCCUACUAGAUUCAAAACUAGACCGUUCCCUUUCUUGCUACGUGGAGCAUGAGUUCGAUCACGAAGGAACCACUUUUGUUGUUUUGAGUCCCUGCAGUCAGCCUGUAUUCUUUGCAAGUUAUCAACGAGACCAAACAGGUGACUGGGAACUGACACCUUUGGAAGACGAAGAGGUGAUUGAUCGUUUGUUUCCUUCCGCUUUUGAAACUCUAGCAGAACAAGAGAUCUUUUUGAAUCGUUCGGCGGUAACCUUAACUAUCGAUGGAGACUUGGAGAGUUUGGAGAAAGAAUCGGAAGUAGAAAUAGAGGCAGAAGAAGACGUUCGUCUUGUUAGCACUUUUAUGGAUGGCUUAACAGAAAACGAAUAUUAUAUCUUUGCUAAUAUGGACCCUUUUCUUAUCCUUGGCAAGAAAUCAGGAGAUAACGUUAUUUUAUUAGGCAAUGGAGAGUUUGACAAAGUUGCUCCUAUAGCCGAGAGAAAGAUGGAAGAGACUCUAGAACAACGAGGACUGUAAUACGUUGAUAAACUGAGUGGGGUAAGUCGUGCUCUUGAUUUGCAUUUGUUUUCAGUUAUGAUGAGAACGAGAAUUGAACCCUAAAAGACGUUAUGAAACCUUUUUCUGGGUGGUGUAUAAAACUCUCUCCGGACUGAAACAAACUGACCCAAGAAUUGAAGGCUUUUAUGAAGGUUCUAAAAGUCUGCUUUUAGGAACCCGUCGAAGAGUAUCAAUCGACUGUUACACGAUAAAGAAUAUGAAUUUGUUGCUUCAUAACUUGUUCAAUCCACUUCAAGAACUUUGCAAUUGUGCGGAAAUCGAGUCUACAUACUUUGGACGGUAUUUACAAGCGCCUUUCAACUGUUUCUAUCCUUUCCAUUAUCUCGCGGGUAGUUUAUUAUCUAUAGUACUUUGAGCGAUGUGUCUUCACAAGAAAGAAUAUUUACUAUCAACAUGGUUUUUUAUUUCCAUUGCUUCGAUCAUUGGAUAUUGAAAGCAAAGUCAUUUUACAUUUCUUGAGAAUGUCAUAUUCCAUGAGCGUAACGUUAAGGAGAAUUCAAUAAUCGA